AUGGAAGACAGAGAUGCCUUCCUACAUUUCUUGGACUCUUCCUUGCAAGUCUUGCGCAAGCACCUGGCUUCUGCCUACGACGCGAAGCAUGACGCGAACCGACUCCUGAACUUGGAGAGCGAGCUUCAGGCAGUUUCUCUUCCCAGUAGAGCUCCUCAAAGACCCAGGAGCCACUCGAAAGACGCGAAAGGACCGGAGGUGGCUCCAGUUCAGUCACCUCGGAGUGAGUCCCCUGCCCAGUCAGAAGCUCCAAGCGUUCGCUUUGGCGAGCAGACUCGGAUAGAGAUCGAAAAGGGCGAGACCCCUGUCUUCCCAGAGGCCUCCUUGACAGAGUUAUCGGACUUCGACAUAGGCGAGGAGGACAAGGAGGAUGCCAUCAGCCACGGGGAUUCUUCGGCACUCUUGCAGUCGGAUCUGCGGGACCUGUCCCAAAGCGAGCAGCAGAUGAUCAGGCACCGGCUCCGCGUGCGGCUGGGCGUGAUAACGAAGAACCGCUUGGUCUCCGGAAAAUCCCUCCAUGACUCCCUAUCUGCACUUGGGCUCACACGAUAUACGGAGCAGGAGAUCAACGACCUGGUCAACCAUCUGGCGACCUUCGUCGACCUGAGCUUUGAGGAAGAGGAGGAGCUGACAUGGAGCGCUGGCACCAUCCAAAGCACCAUCCAAAGCACCCUGGACCCCUUCGACCUCUUCGGCCUCCGGGGUUUCGACCCCGCGGCCGCCAAGCCCGUCUGGCAGUGGCCCAGCGGAACGCAGGCGAGCCUCCGGAACCAGAAGUCCACGAUCAGCUUCCACCGGGAGAAGUCGACCUUCAGCAUCUACAAAGACCCCUCGAACCCCGACAUCCACGUGGACACCAGCAACCUCGUGAACUUCAACGUGGUGCCUCUGGAGGCCCUCAUGGACGUCUUCCUCGCGCACGAAGGGCCCAUGCACAAGAAGAUCUUCGGCCCAAAGCUGCUGAAGAAAUUCCGGGCCGUGAAGGAGAUCCUGCUGGCUGGCGACACCAAUCGCCUCGUGGCCGAGCUAACUUUCGUUCGAAUGAACGACCUGGCAGUCCCCUCGGAGCCCAUUCACUUCCUCCUCUAUUUGGAGCCACUGAUCGCCUUGAUCAUUGUGGCAAACGGAAUCUCAAUCGGAAUCCAAACGGAUCCGAAGUUCGAAAGCUGGCCCCAUUGGAUCUACGUGGAGCUGGGCUUCGUGGCCCUGCUCGCGCUCGAAAAUCUGACCCGCCUGAUGAUUCUCGGCUGCCGCGACUACUGGUGCGGGGUCGAGAAAACAUGGAAUUGGUUCGACACCGUCGUGACCUCCAUCGGCAUCGCGGACGUGACCUGGCAGCUGGCCGCCACCGACCCCCCCGACAUCGCAGGGACCCUGAUGCUGCGCUGCUUUCGCCUCGUGAGGCUGGCCCGGGUCGUGCGCGUCUUCCGGCUCAGGAUCAUGUCGGACUUGCGGCUCAUGGUCCGAGGCCUCGUCGCGGGCAUCUGGACCCUGGCCUUAGCCUUCUGCCUCCUCUUCGCAGUCUUGUACCUCAUCGCAGGCUUCGCCUCCUUUACCAUAGGCAAGGACCACCGAAUGGAAGACUUGGGCAUGUCUGAGCUCUUCUACAACAUCCCGGUGUCCAUGUUUACGGCCUUUCGCUGCUUCAUCGGGGAUUGCAACACGAUGACCGGGGAGCCGAUCAUGCUGGUCCUGGCCGAAGAGUUCGGGGUCAGUUUUGUGAUGGGGUACGUGGCCAGCUACAUGCUGGUGGCCAUGGGGAUCUUCAAUGUGAUUCUGGCCGUGUACGUGGACAUCACGAUGAAGGCCGCCAAAGAGAACGACGCGGUCACUGCUGAGCAGUACAACCGGGAGUCCAUCCGAAUUGCUCGCGCCACCCGAGAGCUGCUGAAGAAGUUUGCUGCUGCCUAUCAUGUCUUUCACGUCAUGGAGGACCACGUAGCUGACCUCACGCGACUGACGAUCACUGAUUCGGCGGUUCUCUUUACCGAUGAUGAGAUUCACGACGACGUGGCGAUCACCAAGGAGCUCUUUUUCCUCGUCAUUCAGGAUCCUGCCGUGCAGGCCCUGAUGGACGAGCUUGACCUCCCGCCCAACCGGGCGCAGCUCUUCGAGGUCAUUGACUCUGAUGGCAGUGGCACGCUCCACAUCCAGGAGCUCGUUCAGGGCCUGCUGAAGCUGCGGGGGGAGGUCAACAAGGGCGACGUGGUGGCACCGCUUCUGGCAGCCCGCUCAGUGCAGUCUUUGGUGACCAGCCUACAGGAGGACUUCUCGAGGCACCUGAGAAUGCUCGAGGCCCGGCCUUUCGCCGAGCUCGACUCGCCGCCACUGCCCUGCGUGGUGGGCCCACGGCUGGGCAGCAUGCGGCUGCCACAAAGGCCCGAAGCUGCAGAUGCUGAAGAGGAGCUGCUGCCACCGUCUCCCCGGGAAGAGACCCCCCGAAGCGUUUGA